AUGGUGUUGGAACAUCGUACCACGACAUUCGACGAGCUCUCCAUGGAGCGUAGCAAGAGCUUCGACUUCGCCUUGCAGGAACUUAAUAACUUGAAGCCUCAACUCUAUUCUGCUGCAGAGUGCUUUGAAAAAACUUAUAUCCAUAGUGAUCAGAAACAGAAGGUACUUGACAACAUGAAAGAUUAUGCUUUAAGAGCCCUUGUGAAUGCUGUUGAUCAUCUUGGAACUGUGGCUUGCAAGAUAACCGACCCCCUUGAGCAGCAAGCAUUGGAUGUCUCAGCCAUGGACUUGAAGAUCUCUACCCUGAAUCAGAAACUUCUUACAUGCCAAACUUACACGGAUAAAGAAGGUCUUCGGAAACAGCAGUUGUUGGCUUUCAUUCCCAGACAUCAUAAGCACUACAUUUUGCCAAGUUUUGUCAAUAAAAAUGUACAUUCUCGUACACACAGACAGAUUGAUGCAAGACAAAAUCCAUUUCAAACCAGAACUUGUCUUCAAUCUUCAGGUACCCCUGUUUCAAGGACUCUUUCAUGGCAUUUAGCAUCAGAAACCAAGUCCACCUUGAAAAAAACGAGUAACCAUGAUUCGAAAAACAUCAAGAACCCGGAUUUUUCUGCCAAUAACUCUGGAGUUUUCCACCUUUUAGAUAAUAAAGAGAGUACACGGAAGAAAACCUCAGCAACAGAAAUUCACUUACCUUUUGGAGUUCCUACUUCUGGUGCUACCAUCCAAACUUUGGGUGUCAAGGGCAAGGAUGCAUUGGAGGGUGUCCAAGUUCGGAAUAGCAGCAAAAGUGUGCUAUCACCUUUCUUUGUUAAGCAAAAAGGAAAAAAAAAAGGAAAAAAAUUGAAGGCCGGCUCUGUCUCAUAA